AUUAACAAAAUAUGUCCAUGUUCAAAGUAAAUUGGACCCAGACCAAGUAACUAAGCAGGCUAUUUGCAAAGCUUGUAAAAGUAAAGAACAAAUAUUUGAAAAUGGAAAAAAUGAAGAUAAAGAUCAAGAAGUAAUGAUGUAUGAAGACCCUGAUGAAAGUAUGGCACCUUCAACCAUAUCAGAAUCGAUGCUUACCGAUCAUACAUCUGAAAUUUCGAGCUCAUCUCACAUAAAUGAAACAAGAAAAUUUAAAACAAAAAAAAACACUACACUUGAUACAUAUAUUAAUGGGCUUUUUCUUCGAUUUGUUAAAUGUAGUACACUCUGCAAAGUCGUUGAUUUUUUUAAUCUGACUGUUAAAAUUCCAAGUAACAAAUUGCUAAGCAGUAAAGUUCUAAUUGAACAUGCAGAAAAAUUAGAGCAAAGUAAAAUUUCCAAACUUUCUGAAUCACAGAAGCCGAUUAUAAUUAUAUUUGAUGGCUGGAAAAAUGUGCAUUGCCAGGAAAUUUUAGAUGCCGUUAUUCUUUCUGCAACAAAUCAGUUACAUAUAUGGGGUGCUGAGGAUGUUAGCAAUUCAAGACAAAGGACUCCUAAUGUAUUGAACAUAAUUAUUACUUUUUUGGCAUGUGCUAGUAGUCAAAACCUUAAUGUGGUGGCGAUAGUCAUAGAUAGUGCUUCAGCAUAUGCCUUUGCAUGUAAUCGAUUUUGGACACAUAUUGAUGAAUUAGUAGAACACUUUUUGCCUUUUGUCAACAUCUUGGACUAUCUUCAACAUGAUGCAGCCAAUCUUUUUGAUGUUGCUUAUGCUUUUGGAUAUGUAGCACAGCAAUAUAAAAGUGACAUAGAUGGAUUUGGUUAUCAAAUGCAACAGAAGCUUGAAAGAAGAUGGGCAGAUUGGGAACAACCUCUUCUUUUUUUAGCAAUUAUUUUUCAUCUGCAAUAUCGUGUUCAGGCUUUGUUUGAUGCUAAUUUUUUUUCUCUUGAGAGAAUAUCGAAAUGGAUCGAAUAUUAUUAUGAAAUGUGGUUUGGUCAAUAUUGGGAAUUUGUGGCAAUUGAUCAAAAAGAGAUUGGUAAAGUUGCCCACAGAUUGUAUAGUAUUAAAGUUAACUCGGCACCAUACGAACAUCUUUUCUCCCAAAUAGGAUGGUUUCAAAAUCCAAAACACAAUCGCCUCAAA